UUUUUGUGUAAAUUAAACUUUGAACUCCAAAUUUCAAAUGAUUUUCAUUUUUCUUUAUUACCGGCCAAUUUAAUGAUCAAGCAUACAUGGUAAGAAAAGCGUAAAUUCUUGCAAGUAGGAUUACUUGCCAAUUACACCACGAUUAGCAACGAACCACAGCCGUCCCCACAAUCCAACGGUCCACAUUGCAACUCAAAAAAUUUGACCGUUGCACUAACUUCGGUUCACAGCUUCAAAUAUACACUCCCCCUCUGCUCAUUGUUGUUCCUCAUAAAAACAAAGCACACAGAAAUCAGAGAGAGAAAGAAUAGUGAAAAAAGAAACAGACUUUGAUCGAGGAAGGUCUUGAAGGCAAACCCAGAAGGCCCUGAUCGUCAAGAUUUUGGUCAUGGACACCAGAGGUGAUGGUGAAGUGAAUGGAGAAGUACCAAGAAGGAACCAGCGAGUAGCUCUUCAAGAUAGAACCAAUGUCGAGGCAGCCCAGCUGUUAGCAAAUGCACAGAAGAACAGUGUGAACCCAGUGCUAGUGCCUAGUCUUCAAGACAAGGUAGCUCUCACUAGAAAAUGUGCCCCUGAAAAGAAGGGUACCAAGAAGAAACCCAUAGAUGAAGAUGUGGUUGUUAUAAGUUCUGAUGAAGAAGAGGAGAAACCUGUCAAUAGAAGCGAGCCAUCACAAGGGUCAAGGAAGGAAGUGAAGACUCUCACUUCGAUUCUAACUGCUCAAAGCAAGGCUAUGGCUGGUGGAACCACCAACAAGCCAAAGGAACAAAUUGAGGACUUUGACUCAGCUGAUGUUAAUGUUGUUGUAAGUUCUGAUGAAGAAGAGGAGAAACCUGUCAAUAGAAGCAAGCCAUCACAACGGUCAAGGAAGGAAGUGAAGACUCUCACUUCGAUUCUAACUGCUCGAAGCAAGGCUAUGGCUGGUGGAACCACCAACAAGCCAAAGGAACAAAUUGUGGACUUUGACUCAGCUGAUGUUAAUGAUGAAUUAGCAGUUGUUGAGUAUGUUGAUGAUAUGUACAAGUUCUACAAACUUGAAGAGGAUGGGAACCGAGUCGGAGAUUACCUGGACUCACAGCCAGAAGUCAAUUCGUAUAUGAGAUCAGUCCUCAUAGACUGGCUGAUAGAAGUUCACAGGAAAUUUCAACUGAUGCCAGAAACAUUCUACCUUACCGUGGAUAUAAUUGACAGAUAUCUUUCAGUGAGGAUUGUUCCUAGGAAAAAAUUUCAGCUACUUGGCAUUAGUUCUAUUUUGAUAGCAUCAAAAUAUGAGGAAAUUUGGGCUCCAAAGGUCAAUGACUUUGUAUGCAUAACAGACGCUGCAUAUAUGGAUGAUGAGAUUCGGGACAUGGAGAAAGAAAUCUUGGGGAAGCUGGAGUGGUAUUUGACAGUUCCAACACCUUAUGUCUUUCUUGCUAGAUACAUCAAAGCUUCUGUUUCACCUGAUGAUGAGAUGAAGAAUAUGGUUUUCUUCCUAGCUGAGCUUGGAGUCAUGCAUUAUCAAACAAUCAUCUCGUACUCUCCAUCCAUGAUAGCUGCUGCAGCUGUGUAUGCUGCCCGUUGUACCCUCAACAAGACCCCUUUCUGGACUGCAACUCUGAAGCACCACACUGGCUACUCGGAAGAAGAGCUGAGGGAAUGUGCUAAGGUCUUGGUUGGCUUUCACUCGAAUGCUGCAGAAAGUAAUUUUAAAGCUGUCUACCGGAAAUACUCAAAACCUGAAUUUGGUGCUGUAGCUCAUCUCAAUCCGGCAAAAAGCUUUUAAGUCCACUUCAUGAAGAUGUCUUCAUGAAGAUGUCAUUCUGAGUAUAAAUCUACUUUUUGUAGACAAUACAUACCCACAAUAUCUGCUAGUGGUGGUUUCUCUGUAAUAUAGAUUAGUUCAAGAAUCAAGAAGGUUUUCAGUGUCUCUAUCUGGAAUUAUAGAUUGGUGUCUAGGGUGGUCUCUAAAUACUCUUUUGGAAAUUGAGGUUGGCACUGUUCAGCUGUCUAUCCUCUUUUGGAAAUUGAGGUUGGCACUGUUCAGCUGUCUAUACUCUAUCCUCAUUUCUAAGCAAUACAGAUUGUUUCAAUCUCAUCUACCUCGGUUUUUUUUACAUAUUGUUCCUUCAGUUUGGUUAUUA